AUGACUACGUUGCGGGAGUACCAGAUGCAGGAGAGGCAGCUUCGUAGUACGCUGGAGAUGACGAAGAAAUUCGUUGAUGGCUUCAAGGAUGGCGAAGACGAAGCUCAGAUCGACGUGCGGCUGAACAUGCUGGAUGAUGCGUUGGCGAAGUUCUACGUCGUGCGGCGCAAGAUCGACGUCCUCACUGAUGUGUUCGGGGUUGAUGCUGCUGGAAAGGAGAAAACACAGGAUGUAGAGGAGCACACUAAGGCGUUAUGGGAGUUCGAGAACUUGUACUGUGAGUUGAAGGCGAAGUUGCUGGCAAAGCGGAAGGAGGAAGCACCCACGCAAGCGGCACCUGCUCAGGCGAAAUCGACUGUUUCGCGCGUGAAGCUGCCCGAAAUCAAGCUGCCGUCGUUUGGAGGAAACAUCACCGAGUGGAUUACUUUUCGGGAUUCCUUCAAGUCGCUGAUCCAUAAUAGUGAAAACCUUUCAGAUUUCGAUAAGUUUACUUAUCUUCAGUCUUCACUGUUUGGAGAAGCGCUUGCUGAGAUCAGCACAGUGCGCGUGUCGGAUACGAACUACCAGGUGGCGUGGGGCGUGCUGGAGAAUCGCUACGGGAACAUGAAGCUGAUCCUGAAGAGCCAUCUCGACGCCAUCUUUGCUGUUGAGCCCGUACGAGACGAGUGCUUUGAAGCGUUGAACCAUCUGCUGAGCGUGGUGGACAAGAACCUGCAGAUGAUCAACAAGCUCGGGGUGAAGACUGAGGAUUGGUCCAUCCUGCUCGCUCACGUUGUCACUAGCAAGCUGGACGCCGCAACAUUGCGCCAUUGGGAGGAACACAACAAGAAGUCCAAGGAGUUCGUGAAGUACGAGACGCUGCUGGAGUUUCUGCGGGAACAGUGUGGAGUGCUGCAGACGAUCGAUUCCAUGAAGAAAGCUACGAGGAACGAGCGUCGCCCGCCGAAGUACGCGUCAAGUCACGCUGCGUCUGCUGAGCCAAGCGGAUGCUUUUUUUGCAACGGACCUCAGCACAACGUGUUCCAGUGUUUUGCGGUCAAGAAGAUGAGCUGUGCAGAGCGUGUCGCAGUUGCCAGGAGGAAUAUGCUGUGUUUCAACUGUUUGCAGCCUGGUCACGUCGUGGAAAAGUGUACGAGAGGAUUUUGUUCGAUGUGCAAGCGGAAACAUCACACGCUUCUUCACGAGAACUUUGGCCAAAGGUCGAACGCUGCCGCUGCAGGCCCGAACGCGUCGCGACCUCAUUCAGGGAACACACCAUCCACACACUACCCACAACAGAAGACACAAAGCCAAACCCGUCACACACCCACUCAAUCUACACAAAACCCUACACAGACACCAGUCUCGCAAAGCUCACAACCACAAAGCUCACAGCUCGCCACAGGCCACACAGCAGCGUGCAACCUGUCGUCGUCCCUUGUUCCAAGUCGUACGGAGGAGGUUCGAGAAGUGUUGCUGUCCACGGCUGUUGUACGGAUUUGCGAUUCGCGAGGUCACACACUGUUCGCUCGAGCACUGCUUGACAGUGGCUCCCAGCGAAACCUGAUGACCAAGGAGUUCGCGCGCAAGCUGAAAUGCAAGCCGCAGUCCGACUACCUGCGGGUGAAAGGAAUCGGCGUUGCAGAAUCCACUUCCACCUUUGCGGUGACCGCUACUGUUUGCGCUCGUUCUUCGACGAUUUCGGAGUUCGCAGCAUCGAUGAGGUUCCAUGUUUUGGCGAAGGUCACGGCGAAUCUGCCGUUCAACAACAUCGAUGCCGAGCAGCUGAGCAUUCCAGAGGACGUGAAGCUGGCGGAUCCGCACUUCUACCGUCCUGGACCUGUGGACAUGAUCAUUGGAGCAGAACAUUACUAUGACCUGUUGUCCGAUGGCAAGAUGAAGCUUGGAGAAGCAAGCCCGACGAUCCAGAACACCGAGCUCGGCUGGGUGGUGUCUGGCGUUGUCAACGGAGUAGCGGCGAAGCUGCCACGAGUCGUAGCGAACCAGAACUCAGCAGAAGCAGAAGCAUUGGCGGAGAUCAACGAUUUACUGGCCAAGUUCUGGGAGUUGGAGUCGUGCCAGACGCCGAGUACACAUUCGCUCGAGGAGAGCGCCUGCGAGGACCUGUUCAGGGCGAACACCGUGCGCGACGAGACCGGUCGGUUCGUCGUCAGACUGCCGAAGAAGCAGACGAUCCUGCAGAGUCUAGGCGAGUCGAGAUCGAUCGCGAUGAAGCGGUUCUACGGGCUGGAAAGGCGGCUCACCGCUAAUCCAGAACUGAUGAAGCAGUAUUCUGACUUCAUUCACGAGUACCUGGAGAUGAGACACAUGGAGGAGGUGAAAGAAGACUAG